GGUUGGAGUGGCAGUGAUUUUGCUUUGCAUCGUCUUCUAGAUUCAGUUCCGACACCCAAUGGAUUAAGCCAGCUUUCACAAGGAACAACAAUGGAGGUGGAAUUGAGACAGAUGCUUGAUGAUCUACAAUCCAUCAGGCACUCUUCAUCCGUCCCUUCAUUUCAUGCUUCAAUCGACAAGCUGCAAUCUCGUGUUGAUCAUCUCACUCAUCUUGCAAAGGCUGUAUCUGUUCAGCGAUCAGAAGUCAAGGAUAUGAGUGCUGAGGUGGUUGAUAGCAAUCCUUACUGUAGGCUUAUGGCACUUCAGAGGAUGGGUAUUGUGGAGAACCAUGAAAAGACACGGGAAUUCUCAGUUGCUAUUGUUGGCUGGGAUUGGUGGUGUUGGUAGUGUUGCAGCUGAGAUGCUAAUGAGAUGUGGCAUUGGUUGCCUUUUGUUGUAUGAUUAUGAUAAGGUGGAGUUAGCAAACAUGAAGCGGCUAUUCUUUCCUCCAGAGCAGGUGCUUACUCACAUUAUUUUCUGUAGAAGAACACAAGUUGGAUAUGAUGUGCAUUGUAAUAUUAAAUGCAGGCAUUUCUUCUUAACUGCUAACUUGUUCAAACAUUAAUACCCAUGAUGCUGAUUUGUCUUUGUCUCACAUAAUCUGAUUUUUGGUAUGACCAAGACUGAUGCUGCUGUUCAGACCCUUUCUGACUUAAAUCCUGAUUUUGUGCUUGAGGUGAGCUUAUCUUGAAUAUCAUGCUUCGUUUUACUCACAAGGUAAGUAUGGGCUGGGGUUGGCCUUAUUAUUACAUACCAGAAGGGAAAUGAAAAGAUGGGCUGAAAAUUAUAAAUUUUGUUUUCCCUUACCUCUUUUGUCUGUAAAGUUGAUGCUUGUCUUUCUUUCUCCAGCAUCUUUCAGGGGGACAUGCCACUUUUAUUGUAUUCUUUAUUCCUAACUACAUUUCUAACAUGCCUUAGAGUUUGGAGAUGCCAUGCCUGAAACCUGUAAUUUAAUGAUAAGAUUUUAGUAUCUAUUUUCCUUUUGAAAUUGAGAAGGGGAGUUGGGGCAAUUCAGUUCAUAUUGAAAUAAGUUUAAGGGCAGGAAUAGAUUCCUAGAUUAGUAGAGAGGAUGUAUAAUAGUUCCCUAACCUGUAUAGGAGUCAAUUAAUAUGCAAUCCUACUGUCUUUUCCAAGAAGUUUCACUGACCUUUGAACAUCAUGGGUUAAAUUUGAAAAGAGUUCAAUUUAGGCUGUCACUACUUUUGUAGAAAUUGCUUGCUGGUUCAUUUGUCUCUAGAGCUAUACAUUAAACAUCACAACAGUGCAAGGAUUUGAGACCUUUAUGUCAAGCUUGAAAAACUAACCAUUCUGCCCAAGUAAAAAAGGUACUGGCUUGGAUCUUGUUUUAAGCUGUGUAGACAAUCAUGAAGCAAGGAUGGUUGUCAACCAGGUCUGCAAUGAGUUGAAUCAAACAUGGAUGGAGUCUGGUGUAUCUGAGGAUGCAGUUUCAAGUCGUAUACAAUUGUUGAUUAUUGGAAACUGCUUGUUUUGCAUGGAAACUGCUUGUUUUGCAUGUGCACCUCCAUUGGAAUGUUAAAUGUACCUUUUUAUUGCCUUAAUAGGUUGUGGCAUCUGGAGUAGAUGAAAGAACACUAAAGCAUGCGUUUGUGCUGCAUCUUUACCCACUACAAUGGGAGUUGUUGCUGGGCUUCUAGUUCAAAACACACUUAAGUUCUUGCUGAAAUUUGGACAUGUUUCUCCCUACUUGGGAUGCAGUUCUCUUAAAGAUUACUUCCCUACCAUGGAAAUGAAGCCAAAACCACAGUGUUCAAAUGCUGCUUGUUUGGAGCGACAGAAACAAUAUAUUCUUGCAAAGCCAGUCCGGAAGCUGCAGCUAAAGCCAAGAGAGAAGCUGAAGCAUCGGCAACUACACAAACUCCUCUUCAUACUGAUAAUGAAUGGAACAUAAGGUA